GGAAUUGACUGUGGCUGGCGGCUGAGACCACAGCAAAUGUCAUUCGAUAUAGCCGUGGCCGAUCAGAUGCGCAUUGCGCUGAACUACGUCAAGUUCAAGACGAACCAGCAGCGCCUGCGCAGCAACGACAAGGUGAUCGCCGAUACAGUCUACGGCAAGGUGAAGGGGGUGAAGUGGCAGUCGAUCUACGGCAACCACUACUACAGCUUCGAGGGCAUUCCGUUCGCCAAGCCACCGGUGGGCGAUCUCCGCUUCAGGGCGCCCGUGGAGCCCGACCACUGGCCAGAGGUCAAGCGGUGCACCCGGGUCCGCUCCAAGCCCUGCCAGGUCAACAUCGUGCUGAAGCAGGUGCAAGGUAGCGAGGACUGCCUGUACCUCAACGUCUACACUCGGGAGUUGCAUCCGCAAAGACCUUUGCCGGUUUUGGUUUGGAUUUAUGGCGGCGGAUUUCAAAUGGGCGAAGCCUCGCGGGAUCUAUACAGUCCGGAUUACAUAAUGAUGGAACACGUGGUGUUGGUGGUGAUAUCGUAUCGUCUGGGAGCCCUGGGCUUCCUCAGUCUUGAAGACGAAGAGCUGGAUGUUCCUGGAAACGCAGGGCUCAAGGAUCAGGUGAUGGCCUUGCGGUGGGUGAAGCGCAAUUGCCAAUUCUUUGGUGGCGAUCCGGAGAACAUUACCGUUUUCGGCGAGAGUGCCGGCGGGGCCUCCACCCACUACAUGAUGCUGACGGAUCAGACAAAAGGACUCUUCCACAAGACUGUUAUUAUGUCGGGAUCGGCUCUGGCGCCCUGGGCUCAGACCCCUGCCCACAUAAACUGGCCCCAUCGCCUAGCCCAAGCCACGGGCUACACCGGUGAGCCGAACGAUCGGCAGAUAUUUGCUCAUCUCAAGAAAUGCAAGGCCAGCAGUAUGCUGAAAGUGGCCGAGGACAUCAUCACCAUGGAGGAGCGUCACCAGCGGCUGACCAUGUUCAGCUUUGGUCCCACCGUCGAACCCUACCAGACCCCGCACUGCGUGAUCCCCAAGUCACCUCUGGAGAUGAUGCGCAGUUGCUGGGGCAACAGCAUUCCCAUGGUCAUCGGUGGCAACUCCUUCGAGGGACUCCUCAUGUUCCCCGAGGUGAACAAGUGGCCGGAAUUGCUCUGCCAGCUCGGCGACUGCGAGUACCUGGCGCCCAUGGAUGCCCGCCAGAACGUCGAGGACAGGAGAGCGUUCGGGAAGCGAGUGCGGCAGGUAUACUUUGGCGAUAGAACUCCUAGCAGGAAGACCAUACUGGAGUACAGUGAUCUCUUCUCGUACAAAUACUUCUGGCACAGCAUCCACAGGACUUUGCUCUCGCGUGCUCAUCAUGCUCCAUUGGCACCUACCUUCCUGUAUCGAUUCGAUUUUGACUCUAAGCACUUCAACACCAUGCGAAUCAUCACCUGUGGACGCAAGGUGCGCGGCACUUGCCACGCGGAUGACCUGUCGUAUCUGUUCUACAAUGCGGCGGCCAAGAAGCUAAAACGCCGCACGGCCGAGUUCAAGACGAUAAAGCGGUUGGUGUCGUUGGUCGUUCAGUUCGCCAUUUCUGGAGAUCCCAAUAUUCCUUUGGUCUCCCACGACGAGAAGGAACCGCCCCAGGGGGCGUGGCUGCCCAUUUCGCGGGAGGACGAGGUGUUUAAGUGCCUGAACAUUUCGCACGAUGUGCGUGUGAUUGAUUUGCCCGAGGCCGAAAAGCUGCGACUUUGGGACAGCGCCUAUGGCAGAGAACUCCUAUACUAAAAGGCCUUACCCAUCUGCCCAUCGCAGUACCAAUUAUCUAUAGCCAUAUAGCCUUAGUCAAAGAUAUAGCCAUUAAGCUGGCCCUGAGGUGGCCUUAAAAGCACGUUAUAUGUACACAUGUAAAUAGGGAUUUUUAAAGCUAAGACCUAAGAAUAAACACAACAAAAUAUGAACACAAACAAGGUCUUAUCAAUUUUCUAUAAAUGGUCCGUUGUUAG